AUGCAUACCCACAGGCGUUGCUUCUUUGCUGUUCUGAUUUUCAGCCUUUCACUUCCAUUUGUUUUCUACACUGUUCACUUGCACACACAACAGCCUCCCAGCACACUGAGCCUCUCAGGGAGUUCAGCUUUAGCAGAAGCCUGUAAAGCACUUGAUGAGGACAGGCCAUUCUUUCUGAAGGAAAACACUCUGAAAAUAUCAUUCAGAAAAGCCAAUUGCACUGAGUACCUCGUGCAGAAUCACUACAUCACCCGCGCCCUGUCGGCGGAGGAGGCCGCCUUCCCCCUCGCCUACAUCAUGACGCUGCACAAGGAGUUCGAGACCUUCGAGCGGCUCUUCCGGGCGGUCUACAUGCCCCAGAACGUCUACUGCGUCCACGUGGACCAGAAGGCGCCGGCCGCCUUCCAGGAGGCCGUGUGGCGCCUGCUGCGCUGCUUCCCCAACGCCUUCCUGGCCUCCAGGACGGAGCGCGUGGUCUACGGCGGCAUCUCGCGCCUGCGCGCCGACCUCCACUGCAUGCGCGACCUGCUGGCCUCCGCCGUGCCCUGGAAGUACCUGCUCAACACCUGCGGGCAGGACUUCCCCUUGAAGACCAACCGCGAGAUCGUCCAGCAGCUCAAGGGCUUCCGAGGCAGGAACAUCACGCCCGGGGUGCUGCCGCCGGCGCACAUCGCCGCGCGCACCAGGUAUGUGCAC